AUGAAUCAUAGAUGCCGCUUGGAUGAUUGUCAAAGCUGCUUCGUGGGUCUCUCGGCAAGCUAUGAGAUCGUCCGAUCUCAAGCGGUCGCCUGCGCAAAGACUCUGGAUGUAUCGUCAGCGGUCGUCCUCGAAUGCUGUCUGCGGGGUGACUGCUUUCACCUUCAUAGUACCGUGAUGGUCCAGCUUCGUCGGCUAGCCGAGCAGGGAAGCCAAGGCGGUCAGGCGGAGGCAAUGGACCAGUUAGUGUCGAUGUCGGAUACCCAUACGACACGGGCAAAUAUGGGGCAGUGGCAUAGGAGGCUAACGUUCCAUGGAGAGUAUAGUCUCUUUGCAGCGACAGUCGAGAAGGCCCCGGGAGAGUAUAGGGCGUGA